GCGCGUAUCUCAUCAAAGAAGGCGAACUAUUUUCUGCUCACAGAAGCAAAAAUGGCUGCAAUUGCGUUACUUCGCCGUGCAAUUACACAAAAAAUUUUAAAUGCCGCUAGAAAUUAUUCCAGCAAUCCACUUCAACACAUUGACCCAGUGCAAGCUCAAAAAGCUUUCAAAAUGUGGAAAACUCUGUCUCUAACUGUUGUUCCUGUGGCAUUGACUCUUGGAUUUUUGAAUGUUUAUCUGAAUGAACAUGAAGAAGAACCACCAGAAUUUAUCCCUUAUGAGCACUUAAGGAUUCGUACCAAGAGUUUUCCAUGGGGUGAUGGACAGCACAGUUUCUUCCACAACUCACGUGUAAAUCCAUUACCCACAGGAUAUGAGAAUUAAGAUACCUUAGCUAAAAUACUAAACUAAUAAUCGUUAUAAAUUGAAAGCAUUACUUUUACUUAAGUAGCAAAGAAAUAAAUCUGUAAAAAGUU